GCGCAGGACAACGAACAGAAGCUCGUGAGGUAAAUUUUCGCGGCCUUCUCGGUCUUAUGCACCGGGGACACGGAAUAAACAGCAGCAGCUCCUGACAAGCAGAAACAGACUGGAUACAAACAACUAACGACAAUCACUGGAAGGUUAAAUGGUUUGCGAUAUCGAGUGGACAUGAAUAGAAGAGUCAUAGUAGUUAGCGCCUGUUAGCGAGCUAGCAGCUGAGGACAUGGCAUCACUACUAGGGUGCUACAGAACCGCUGCAGAGGAACAUCACUUCAAAUGUAUGUAAAGAAAAGACGUGAACAAGGGCAUUUAUCUCCGUUAUCCGUUCGAGACGAUGGCUUAUUCAAAUUACAGCAGCUUAAACCGUGCUCAGCUCACCUUUGAAUACCUGCACACAAACUCGACAACACACGAGUUUCUUUUCGGAGCUCUGGCUGAGCUUGUAGAUAAUUCGAGAGAUGCAAACGCUACAAGGAUUGACAUCUAUACAGAGAAAAGACCAGACCUUCGCGGGGGCUUCAUGCUUUGUUUCUUGGACGAUGGGACUGGAAUGGACCCGAGUGAGGCGACGCAUGUCAUUCAGUUUGGCAAAUCCAGCAAGAGGUUUCCUGAGUCCACACACAUCGGCCAGUAUGGAAAUGGCCUUAAGUCGGGGUCGAUGCGUAUCGGCAAAGACUUCAUCCUAUUUACGAAGAAAGAUGACAAAUUAACGUGUUUAUUUUUGUCCCGAACGUUUCACGAAGAGGAAGGGCUGGAUGAGGUUAUUGUUCCGCUGCCCAGUUGGGAUCUGAAGACCCAGCAGCCUCUUACUCAAGACCCGGAAAAAUAUGCGAUCGAGACGGAGCUCAUUUUCAAAUACUCACCUUUCAAGAGUGAAGAGCAGCUCUUUCAGCAGUUCAAAAAAAUUGAGGGAGUCAGCGGGACACUGGUCGUAGUUUAUAAUCUGAAGCUUAUGGACAACAGAGAGCCUGAGUUGGAUGUGCAGACAGAUCACCAAGAUAUCCUGAUGGCAGGGACACCUGUAGAGGGAGUGAAGCCUGAAAGGCGGUCGUUUCGUGCCUAUGCAGCUGUUCUCUACAUCGAUCCUAGGAUGAGAAUCUUUAUUCAGGGACACAAAGUCAGGACCAAGAGACUCUCCUGCUGCUUAUACAAUCCUAGGAUGUAUAAAUACACAUCGACACGCUUUAAAACACGUGCAGAGCAAGAAGUAAAAAAAGCUGAUCAUCUUGCAAAACUCGCGGAGGAGAAGGCCAAAGAAGCAGAGAGUAAAGCUCGUGCUCUGGAAUUGAAACUGGGAAAUGAUUUAUCUAAAGAGGCCAGGGCUGCGUUGAGAAAAGCACAAGAUUCAGCCGUGGCACUGCGUGCAGAAGCGAAUCGAAAACAAGCCAUUCAUGGUUCUAAACAGAAGGCACUGAAGGAGCCCAAAGAGUUGAAUUUCAUCUUUGGUGUGAACAUCGAAAGGCGAGACCAAGACGGCAUGUUUAUCUAUAACUGCAGUCGACUCAUUAAGAUGUAUGAGAAGACCGGCCCACAGCUGGAUGGGGGAAUGGCGUGUGGAGGAGUGGUAGGAGUGGUAGAUGUUCCCUAUCUUGUGUUAGAGCCAACGCAUAACAAGCAAGAUUUUGCAGAUGCAAAGGAGUACAGACAUUUACUCAGAGCUAUGGGAGAAUAUCUUGCCCAGUACUGGAAGGACAUCGGUAUAGCUCAGAAAGGCAUAGUAAAGUUCUGGGAUGAGUUUGGCUACCUGUCAGCCAACUGGAACGCUUCACCUUCAAACGAUCUCAGGUUCCGCCGGCGCAGAGCCAUGGAGAUCCCCGUGACGAUACAGUGUGAUAAAUGUCUGAAGUGGCGUACGUUGCCGUUUCAGAUGGACGCUGUCGAUAAGCGAUACCCAGACAGCUGGGUCUGUCUCAUGAACCCUGAUGGAACUCAAGAUAGGUGUGAUGCCCCUGAGCAGAAGCAGAAUUUACCCGUUGGUGUUUUAAAGAAAGACACAAAAACCUCAGAAGACAAACAAAAAGAGCUCUCUGAAAAAAUCCGCCAGCAACAGGAGAAAUUGGAGGCUCUACAGAAAACCACAACUGUUAAGUCGGCAGCAGAUAUAAAACAGCUCCCACUAGAUGUCACUGCGAAGAAUGUUGAUGAGCGUGCGCCUCAGCAUGCCGUUCGGUCUUCACAGCGUGCAUCGGCUCGUCCUCGUUCACCCCCACUUCCCGCGGUGGUCAGAAAUGCUGUCAGUCAGUCACCUGCCCCUAAAACUCCACCUCAGAAAUCUACAGGACCUUCUCGUCCAAGUCGAACCUCACCAGCUGCUACUAUUCCAGCCAAAGCCAAAGCAGCCUCCAUCCCAACCCCCAAAUCAUCGAAAGCCACCACUAAGUCCGUGCCCACAACACCAUCCGCAAAAGCACCACCUCGCAGGAGCGUAACUCAGACACGCAGUACGACGCCAUCUUCUACAAAGGAGACCAAGCAAACAUCAGCCAGCAAGAGAGGAAGUGCCAAGAAGGGUAAAGCACAGAAAGAAGCUGAAGAGGAAGAAAGUGAAGAGGAAGAGGAGGAAGUUGAGCAAGAGGAGGUGGAAGAAGAAGAAGAAGAGAGUGAAGAAGAAGAGGAGCCACAACCUAAGAAAUCCAAAAUGGCACCUGCUCAGCCUCGCGGCAAGGGAACGGUAGAGAAGAAGGUUCCUCCAAACAAACAAGCUAAUAACACAGAGCGAGUCAGCAAUAGCACAGAAGAAGAUCUAAAACAAGGUGCACUGAAAAAUGCACAUAAAGAUAAAGGCUUACAGGUGGAGGCGAAGGUCAACGGAGAAUGGUUCACUGGCCGUGUGACUGCAGUAGAAACGGGAAAAGAGAGCGUGCGCUGGAAAGUAAAGUUUGAUUACGUCCCCAUGAACACACCACGAGACCGCUGGGUGUUUAAAGGCAGCGAGGACGUCCGUCUUAUGCGUCCUGCUUCACCAGAGUCUCACAGUCCAGACACCAAUCAGGGACCGUUGCGUUCUGUGACUCCGCCCACUGCAGCAGAGCCUGAUACGACCCAGAGUGGCCCAAGCAGAGAGACAACAGAAGGCCUUGUCACUAUGAUGAGGACGUUGCUGCGGUACUUUUUCCCACCUGAUUUCCGAAUCCCAAAAGAUUCUGUCAACACUAUGAGUGCUGAAGACCUUGUGGCUUUCCCCAUUAAAGAGUAUUUUCAGCAGUAUGAGGCAGGGCUGCAAAAACUGUGUAACUCGUACCAGAGCCGUGCUGAAUCUCGAGCUCGGGCCGUGGAGGAAAAGAGCAACGGAGCGGAGACGAAGCUCAGAGAGUCUGAAGAAAAACUACGCAAACUCAGAACGAAUAUAGUCGCCCUGCUGCAGAAAGUCCAGGAGGACAUUGAGAUCAGCAGCGACGAUGAGCUGGACGCCUACAUCGAGGAUCUGGUUACUAAGGGAGAGUGAAACACUUCAGCACUUUCCACAUUUCUCACCAUUUCUUUGUAGGUUCUCUCAAAAUCUGAUUUCCUAAUCGUUCAUCUAUAUUGUUCAGUUAUUUUAGACCUUCUGUUAUCUGAUGAGAAGUAACAGCGUUUCCGUUAUGUCUCCCACCUCCGGUCUGAAGUUAGAGACGUGCAGGCGGUAUUUUCCCUGCAAUUAUGACAUGAUUCCUUCACACUGCAUUCAAUUAUGAUGCAUAGAUUAUGAGCUUUGAUCAAAGGAACUAAUACACUUUGCAUCAUUUACUUUACAAAGACGUCAGACUCUCUGUCUCUUUAUUUUCAUACAUAUCUGAGUCAUUGAGUAUUUUAUUUCUAGCUCCAAAAAAAAAAAAACUCCCAGUGUAUCAGUAUGACCUUGCAGCGUUAAAGAGGGGGGAAAAAAAAUCUACCGUCAUGAAGACGUCACUUCGGCUACUCAGUGGCUGUAACCUUAAUGUUCGAACCCUGCUCGCUUUUUUGGUUCCUGUAGGUUUCCUGUGUUUUGCAAGUAUUAGCGUGAAGCCCGAUGCUGUUUAUUUUGUUCGUUCUGAUUAAGCGCAGAACGAUUUUCCCCACGGUUCAUGGCAUUUAGUCACGUCUUUAUAUAUAAGUAUAUUUUUUAAACACUUUUAAGAAAAUGUUCUGAUGUUACAAUAAAAGUUAUGAUGUUUAUGAA